UUUACAGUUAAAAUAUAUGUUUAUUAAAUAAAGUAUAUUGUUACAACUAAUUGGGGAUCCCUUUAAGAAGUUUUGGGUGUAUUUUAUUAAAGGUUUAUGUUUUACGUAAUAGAGGCAAAAGGAAGAAACAUCACUGAUUUGAGUUCAUCCUGAAGCAUGAACACAUACUGUUUCAGUGUGAUGUGUCACGUUGAUCUGACUGCAGAUGAUGAGAUGACCUCAGAGCUGCACUGAUGGAGAACCUGUGGUGUGUGGCUGUGACCGUUCUCCAGCUCUGGAUAUUUGUGGUGGUGUUCCUCAUCAUGCUGCCGGCCAUGUUCGGUCUCUCUCUGGGGGUGACCGGAGUGUACAUCAAGAUUCUGGUCAAACUCCUCGAGUGGGCCACGUUACGCAUCCAGAGAGGACGACAGGAGCAGCCUGAUGUGUCUGCCCCUUUACCAACAGGGAUCAUUGAGCAUGAUGAGGGCUCAAUGGAAGAGGAGAUGUGGGAGCUGCGUCGCUCUCGACCCCGUCCAUCGAAGGAAUUCGCCCUGAGUGAUGUCAUGUAUUUCUGUAAGACGGGUAUGGAGAGCAUUGUGGAUGACCAGGUGACGCAGCGCUUCUCCUCCGAGGAGCUGGCCUCUUGGAACCUUCUGACCCGUACCAAUCAGAACUUCCAGUACAUCAGCCUCCGACUCACCAUCAUCUGGGGCCUUGGAGUGUUUGUGCGAUACUGCAUCCUCUUCCCUCUCAGGAUUACUCUGGCCAUCAUCGGCCUCUCAUGGCUUGUGAUCGGAACUACUCUGGUGGGUUUUCUGCCUGAAAGCAGGCAAAAGAACUGGCUGAGUGAGCUGGUCCACCUGACCUGCUACAGGAUCUGUGCCAGAGGACUGUCUGCCACCAUUCGCUACCACAACAAAGAGAACCGCCCCCAGAAAGGAGGAAUAUGUGUUGCAAAUCACACCACACCGAUAGAUGUGGUCAUUCUGGCCAACGACGGCUGCUACGCCUUGAUCGGGCAGAUCCAUGGAGGGUUGCUGGGGGUCCUUCAGAGGUCCAUGGUGAGGUGCUGCCCCCAUGUUUGGUUUGAGAGGUCAGAUAUAAAAGACCGGCAUAAGGUGGCCAGCAGGCUAAGAGAUCAUGUUGCAGCAAGGACCAAACUUCCCAUCCUGAUCUUUCCUGAAGGAACCUGCGUCAACAAUACUUCAGUUAUGAUGUUUAAGAAAGGAAGCUUUGAAAUCGGAGCGACGAUUCAUCCAGUUGCUAUUAAGUAUGACCCUCGAUUUGGUGAUGCUUUCUGGAACAGCAGCAAAUUUAACAUGGUCAGCUACCUUCUGCGAAUGAUGACCAGCUGGGCCAUAGUGGUCAACGUGUGGUAUCUCCCUCCCAUGACCAUACAGGACGGCGAGGAUGCAACUCAGUUUGCAAACAGGGUGAAAUCUGCCAUCGCUAAUCAGGGAGGACUGCUGGACCUGGACUGGGAUGGUGGACUGAAGAGAGAGAAAGUGAAGGAUUCGUUGAAAGAGAAGCAGCAGAAGAUGUACAGCAGAAUCAUAGUGGGGCAGAACGGCAUCAACGCCCCAGAAGCAUUACUCUGAGCCACGUGGUCAACUUCCUGUUCAGUAAGGAUGAUGUCAAGGAAGGGAGCAGCUAUUUUUAUCAGAUGAAGUAAAAAUCAAUUUAGCUUCCCCUGAGGUGAGACCGUGUACCAGCCAGCAGGAGGCAGUGUGUGACAACACAACCAUCAGCAGUCAGAACUGAACGCUGGCUUCUUCAGGCCAGAUGUGUCCAGAGGCCGCAGCGCUUCACAAGACAAGCACUGCCUUUAAUAUUGUCAGUAUUACUACAGGGACUGUUCAUUGUGUGUCUGUUUUUUAUUUGAGUGAAUCUUCUGAGAUGAUGUUUUGUGUUAAGCUUAUUUUUGAAGAAAAAAAUAGAAAUUAUAUUUCUUCUAGCUGCUUAAAGCAGACAACAAAAAACAAACAAAAAAAUCCCACAAAUGAAUCUAAUGUCCAAAAAAUUGACAUGCGUAUGAAUUUCUUUUUCAGCCUUUUUAACCAAUUUUUUGUGGUUUUGUGUGUCGGCUUCACACACCUGUCGUCAGGGUUUUAUUUAGUUUGGAUUAUUCCUCACCACAUCGUGAGCUGAGGCUUGUGGGGAAGAGAGAAAAUAGUUCAACCUAUGACACGAGUGUAAACACUAAGGCUGGAGAAAGGCAGGUCUAAACCGUUGACUAUAAUAAAGGAUUUUAAGUUAAAUUAUUGAUUUAAACUACAACACCCCUGUGGAGCAACGUGAAGUAAUUCACCCCCCACCAAAAAAAAAAAAAAAUAACUGACCAGCUGCAUGAAGAAAAUAUUUACAAUUUAACACCUGAGAUUGAGGACGAAGUGAAAAAUCUUUCACAACAACAAAAAAGAUGCAUGUUGUUUUCAUGUCCGAUAAAAGUAAAUUACAAUUUCUGUCAAGAAAUAAGUAAGGUGAUACAGAAUGUGCAAUGAUCCAGUUUAUAUCAUGUAAUGUUUUUUUUUAUGAGAGAUCCAUCUGUAUUUGGAAGCAAAGUGUAUUUUCUUAAGUGUUUCUUUGUUCACAAAUGAGAGGAUUUAUUGCCAUAAUUGAGUUGUUUGUGUCAACUUUCAAAAAGCUUUAAAUAUUUUUCUGUCUUAAGAAAAUGGAAGAAAAAGCCAUAUAACCUGAAAAAGUUAUUUAUAUAAAAGAAAAUUGACAAAAAAUAAAGAAAAAAGUGAUCAAGAACAUUGUUUUGUGCUUUAUGUUACUGUUUAUUCGAAGCAUUUUUCAUAUUUGAACAUGAAAAAUAUGAGAAUCUGUGAGAUUUGUCCUCUGGUCAGCAGUAAAACACAAAGAGGUGGACAUGAAAAAUCUCCCUUUAAGACACAUUCCUGCACCAAUGAAUGGCAGCAAAAUGUUCAAUUUCUGAUGUGUAAUAACAUUUUAUUCACUGUAAUUUAUAAUAAAUAUAAAGACCCUUCCUG